AUGGCUCCAAAGUUACAACAGUGCCCCGUCUGCUUUAACCACUAUAGAAGCACUCCAGACGGAAAGUUAUGUCGGCAAGGAGGUAAAGUGAAAGGACAGGAAUGCUCGGGGUCCCGGAAAAAAGUUGAUCCAUCGGGCGCGAGGGCUGCUUCGCCUCUCGGUGCCGCACCCGACCCCAAGCCCGGGUUACCCACACGGUCGACGGCCGCAUCGGUCUCCGGUGAUCCUCUCGACCUGGAUUACUCUGGUGUUUUUGACAAGCUGACGGCCGUGCUGAAAUGUGUACCGGUGUACGACCAUAUCCCUAAGCCAUGCAGGGAGAAGUUCGCACAUGAUCUAAACGCCUUGCUGACGGCU